AUGGCUCACUCCCACACCUUCUUCUUCCUGCUCGUCACUGCCGCUGCCGUCGGCAUGCAUGGCGCUAGCGCCGGGCUCGUUCCAGCUGUGCCCAUCGGUAAGCGGUACAUCGUCGGCGGUGCUGACGGCUGGGUUGUGCCGCCACCGCAGAACAAGGACAUGUACAUCAAGUGGGCUGACAGCAUCCAGUUCUUCGUUGAGGACUCCAUUGAAUUCAUGUACAAGAACGACUCGGUCGGCAAGGUGAACAAGUACGCGUACUACCACUGCAACUGGACGGCUUCGGCCACGACGCCCGCCAACAAGGACGGCAGCGCACUCUUCCUCCUCGACGCCCCCGGAUUCGCCUACUUUGCCAGCACCGACGCCAGGAACUGCAAGAGGGGACAGCGCCUCAUGCUCAACGUGAAGGCCAGGCCUUCGUCGGCGCCGGCGCCGUCCCCGGAUGCGUCAGCAGAUGCGCCAUCUCCUCCCGUCGCUCGGCCGCCGUCGUCUGAGCCGGGGGCGCCGGCGCCCGGAGAACCGGUAAUGGUGGACGACAGCGCCGCCGCUCUAGCCUCCUCGUCUGGUCGCGGCUUAGUGCUGUGGGUGUGUCUCGCGGUUCUAGCCUUGGCGGGGUUGAUUCGAGCAUGA